AGUCGACUGUGAAUUUCCUUUUCGAUACCCCCGACGUUCCUUGCAAAGCUACCAAUCUUUGAACCUCCGUCAUGCCUCCGCAAACCGUUUCUGGCUCAAUUGGCUCGGCAUGGCGCUCUUUUUGGCAUACCAUGACCUCCAACGAUCGCCAUGCAUCCCACGAUUCACCUUACCGGACAGGCCAGCAUGUUCCCCUCAAUUCGAGCCGCCAUGAUACUCUCACUUCAGUUGCUACUGCGGCAGAUUCUCGUCCCGAUCUUACCUCCCCUUUUGAGGAAGAAGAAAUAUCAAAGACAAACUCUAAUGGCUGGGCUGGUUCCCCAAGAGGUUUAGGCUCACCCAACCGCCCAUACUCACCAGGCAUGCGGUCAUUGGCGUCGCAAUCUAGGAGAUCGAGCGACCAGGCUGGAGGUGCUGAUGGCAUGGGAGAGAUACAAAUGCAAAGUUUCCACGACGGCGCCCCACCACCACCACCAGUUACUCAUUCGUGGAAGAAGAUUGAUCGCUGGACUGAGGACAAUUACCCAGAACUGUUUGAUCAGUUAGGUGAAGGUUGCACACAGAACGAUGUCAAUGAGCUGGAGCACGAACUAGAUAUUAGCUUACCUCUCGAGGUUCGUGAGUCGCUAAUGAUUCAUGACGGCCAAGAGCGCGGCGGCACCCCGACAGGAAUUAUUUUUGGCUGUAUGCUUCUAGAUUGUGAAGAGAUUGUCCAUGAGUGGAGGAACUGGCGAACUGUUGCGGAGGAGUUUUUUUCAACCUCGACUAUCGUCCCACCUCAAAUUCCGUCCAAGGCCUUUGGAGCUUCUUCAUCUUCGGCCGGCCCCUCUCAGCAACAUCAAGCCUCUAACCCGACAUGGAGACAGGAUCUUUUGGAUCGGCAAGAUUCGCAACCGCCUCGCGCAAUCCAGAAAACUUAUGCGCAUCCUGGUUGGGUCCCCCUUGCCCGUGACUGGGGCGGUAACUGCAUUGCUGUCGAUCUUGCUCCAGGUCCAGCAGGCAAAUGGGGUCAAGUUAUUAUCUUUGGACGCGACUACGAUUGCAAGUAUGUGGUAGCUCGAUCAUGGGCGGCGUUCCUUGCGCAGGUUGCGGAUGAUUUUGCCAGCCCGUUUGUGUCUGUAGAGGAAGACUCUGGGGAGCUCAAGUUGAAACCAUUCAGAAAACAGAACGUUGAACCGCCCUAUCUGGAGAUUUUGCGCUGGAGAGUAGAUCAAAGAUUUGGACGACGGCCGCGUCGGAGGUCAGCAAACGGCUUGGGCCUGAAUACGAACGUUGACAAAUCACGGAAUUCCCCUUACGGCAGUCCGGCACCAAGUGAAGAGCGUGGGCGAUCUCCUCAUCGGUUUAGUAGUCGUGCUCAGACACAGAGUCCCAAAACCCCGUUUGCUCUCUCGAGCCCUCUUGCACGAGUGACUGAGGAAGCGUCGAGUCCAGUUACUUCUGUCAGCGAACGCACCCAGGAUUUGACGUUAAAAGAGGUACCAACCAAGGAAUCCGCUGAAGACCUAUUAGAGAUGACCACUCCCGUGGCAACAAAUGAUGCAUCGAAGGAACCUUUGAAGGAUAUCUCUGUCAAUGAAAAGACCUCAAAACAUAGCUCGACUGCAGACGCAACUCCUCUUGAUCUAGAGUCAGAGAAUCUGGGUGAGAUGAAAACAGUGGCGAUCUAAUUAGAUCAGUGACUCGUAUAAUCUUCUCAGACGGCUUUGAUGCAAUUGAACAUUCCCGCAUGGAGUCGACCAUUCUAUAAUGUCUUCCUUUUAUUCCAACUGCGAUAUCCUUUUACGUUAUGAUUGUGCUGUUGUCAAUCAUCCUCCGAAUGAGGGCAUUGUCUUUGCGUUUUAUAGGACUCUGUAUGUUUUUUAUAUCACAGAAUGCGUUGUUCUUUCCUUUUCCUUUUGCAUUCUUAAUGCUUGUAUUAAAAUAUGGUGCUCUCAAUUUCUUAUUUACUUCUUCUUCUUGGUCGGUGUCCUCUUUUCGUCAUAUUUAUUGUAACUGUACGAUCAUGCAGAAUUAGCACUGUUGCAGGCAUUGAGUUGUAUAAUUUACGCAAUGAGAUAGAUUAGUUGACAAGU